UCGACCAAACACAGCUAAGGCGCGGAGCUCAAACAGCUUUCUUUUCUUUUUUGUCGUUUUUGACCAGCAGGUUGUAUUCAAAUGUCGGUGUGUUGCUUUAGUCGGAGUUAUAAACUUGUUGUCUGAGCUGCUGCUGCCGCCAUGACGCAGUCAGUGGUUGUCCAGGUGGGACAGUGUGGCAACCAGGUUGGCUGCAGGUUUUGGGAUCUCGCCUUGAGAGAACACGCUCAUGUCAACAAAAAAGGAGUGUAUGAUGAGGCCCUGAGCAGCUUUUUCCGGAACGUGGAUUCACGGAACAGUGAUGGGGGAGCCUGUGAGAUCGGUGGGAGAAUCCACUAUCUGAAGGCCAGGGCGGUGCUGGUGGACAUGGAGGAGGGUGUGGUGAAUGAGAUCCUGCAGGGCCCGUUACGAGAGGUGUUUGAUAGCACCCAGCUCCUUACAGACGUGUCUGGUUCAGGCAACAACUGGGCGGUUGGGCACUUGACUUAUGGUUCAGCUUACAGGGAGCAGAUAGUGGAUAAGCUGCGGAGGGCAGCAGAACAUUGCGACUGUCUGCAGUGCUUCUUCCUCAUUCACUCUAUGGGAGGAGGUACGGGCUCGGGCUUGGGGACCCGAGUUUUGAGCCUGCUGGAGGAGGAGUUCCCUGACGUGUGUCGAAUUGUCACCUCCAUCUAUCCGUCUGCUGAGGAUGAUGUCAUCACCUCCCCCUACAACAGUGUCCUGGCCAUGAGAGAGCUCACAGAGCACGCCGACUGUGUCCUGCCUGUGGACAAUCAGUCACUGGUCGACAUUGUGAACAAGAUCAAGCACAUGUCUCAAGGUGGAAAGCCAGGGUCAGUGAUCAAGAGAGACAGUGCCAUCAUCUCUGGCCAGGGUGGGCUCAGUGGGGCCGAGAAACCCUUUGAUGCCAUGAAUAAUAUUGUGGCCAACCUGUUGCUCAAUAUUACCAGCUCAGCUCGUUUUGAAGGCUCACUUAAUAUGGAUCUGAAUGAGAUCGCUAUGAACCUGGUCCCCUUUCCUCGUUUACACUAUCUGGUGCCGAGCCUGACUCCUCUCUACACUCUGGCAGAUGUCAAUGUCCCCACCCGAAGACUGGAUCAGAUGUUCAGCGAUGCCUUCAGCAAAGACCACCAGCUAAUCCGAGCCGACCCAAAACACAGCCUGUAUCUGGCAUGCGCCCUCAUGGUUAGAGGCAACGUUCAGGUGUCUGACCUCCGCAGGAACAUUGAGAGACUUAAGCCCUCGCUGCCCUUUGUUUCCUGGAGCCAAGAGGGCUGGAAGACGGGCCUGUGCUCGGUGCCACCUGUGGGUCACUCCCACUCCCUGCUCGCCCUGGCCAACAACACCUGUGUGAAACCCACGUUCAUAGAUCUUCGAGACCGCUUCAACAAGCUCUACAGGAAGAAGGCUCACUUACAUCACUACCUCCAUGUCGAGGGGAUGGAGCAGAGCUGCUUCACAGAUGCCAUGGCCUCGCUCAGCUCACUGAUUGAGGAGUAUCAUCAUCUGGAUGCCACCAAGGGGAGACUGAUGCCCGAUGCUCCCAGACUCACCAUUGCCACAUGAAGGUCUGCUGUGUUUACGUGCGCCUGUUUCUUUGUUGUCUUUCUCUGUGCCUGUCUGGUUGUCUCCUAAUAUGAAGUAUUCAUUAUUUUUUCAAAAAGGACCUCUCACAACCAAAACAUGUGUGUAUAUUUCUGUAUUUUAAGUUAUUUAUCAGCAUUGACUUUAAGUUGUGAUCUGAUUCAGAAUGUUUUUUUUCUGUCUGAAAAAUAAUUUAAUAAAAUAAAACAAAACAGGAUCAAUAUGUAAAAGUGACGAAAGGCAACAGAUGGUAUUGAAAUGAAUGAAAGCAGAGAAAAUACUGAAGCAGUUUAAAUUAUUCUGUAC